AUGCAAUAUCACAUUGCCUCACACCCCAAACCCCAAUAUAUUACUCGUACAUGUCUAAUCAAGCUCCACCAAGACCCAUACUUUGAAUCGCAUGACUCGUAUCCACCCCUGACAACGGUAGCCCUCAAAACCUUGGAACAAACGCUCAACUUUAAUCACUUACAUCCAACGAUGCCCUUCACAGUGACAAUCAUCGGCGGUGGAAUCGGCGGGCUAGCCCUAGCUGUUGGCCUACUGAACCGCGGCAUCCCAAUCCAACUCUACGAGGCUGCCUCCGCAUUCACGGAAAUAGGACUGGGUCUCUCCCUCGGCCCUGCGGCCUACCGCGCUUUACCACUACUUGACCCCGCCCUGCGUGAAAUCUACGAUAGCCUCGUCACGACACACGCAGACAGUCCUGGCUAUGAAGAAUUUCGAACGACAUGGUUUGAGUUCGUCUGGGCUUGUGGGUCUGAUGAGGGGAAGGUGUUAAUGGAUUUGAAAGCGGAGCCAAGUGGACAGACUGCGCUGAAGAGGGCUGAUUUUGUCAAUGCGCUUGUUCGGCUGGUGCCGAGGGAUUGUAUCCAUUUUGGGAAGAGGUUGGUGGGGAUUGAGGAGGGUGUGGAUGUGAAGUUGGAGUUUGAGGAUGGGGAUGUUGUGAAUGCAGAUGUUGUGAUUGGUUGUGAUGGUAUUCGGUCCCGGGUUAAAGAGUUUGUGUGUCAAUCCUGUGAAUUGCUGCCGAGGUAUAGCGGCAUGUAUGGGUAUCGGGCUGUCCUUGAUAUGGAUGAUGCUGUGGAUGCAGUGGGAGAUAAGCGGGCUAGGGUUGCUUCGAUGUAUGUUGGAAAGGGUGCAUAUGGGAUUUCCUAUCCGAUUAUGCAGGCCAAGAAGGUGAACGUGGGGGUUUACGUUCUCAGCGAUGAGUGGGACCAUGACUCUUGGGUGCGGCCUGCAAAGAGGGGGGAUCUGCAGCGGGACACUGAGGGCAUGGGGCGAUAUGUCAAAGCGUUGGCUGAGCGAAUGCCUGAUCCAUCCCAAUGGGCCAUUUUCGAACACCCCCAUAUUUCAACAUACGCACGCUCUCGCGUAGUUAUCAUGGGCGACGCUGCCCAUGCUUCGACGCCGCAUCAGGGUGCUGGUGCGGGACAGGCCAUUGAAGAUGCUCAUGUCCUUGCCGAACUCCUGGAUGAUACGCGGGUGAAAAGGGUCGACGAUGCUGUCUUGGCGUUUCAGGCAUACGACCACAUCCGGCGACCACGAAGUCAAAGAGUUGUCACCAGUAGCAAGGAGAAUGCGGAUCUUCUGUGUUUGUGCUUGGAAGGAGUCUCUGAUGAUUCUGUCAGAUUGAAGGAGACAUUAAAUGCGCGAUUUGGCUGGCUUUGGAACUUGGAUGUUCAAGGUCAGGCUCAGCGGGCGAGAGAAAAGAUGGCCCAAUUAAUGGCUAAUCGGUCCUCUGGUUGUACGGAUCGCUGUCGCCACACGGGAUAA